CAACCGGUGAUGUCGAGAGACCUCAUGCUGUUAACAUACGACGGGUGGUUCAUGUUGCAGUGCGAAAAGCUGAGCACCCCAGACGUGGCCCCAGACCUCCCAUACUCUCUCCUCCCCGCGCUGUCCGAUGGCUAUUUUUCUGACGUCACCAUCACAGCUAGAUCAGGAAGAAAGUUUGAAGUACACAGCAUUGUCCUUGAGUGCAGCCUGCCUGGCAUGGACUGGCAAGAUCUCAGUGGGCUGGAGGAUGCGGUGCUAGAAACUGUCUUACACUACCUAUAUUCUUGCUGUCUGCCACCCAGCUUGACCACAGCCACUGCACAGAGGACCAUGGCAGCCACCCAACACAUGCCAGGAUUGGAGGAGCUGCGCAAAAAGUGUGAUAUCUUUGUCAAAAAUACAAACCUGCGGAAUAGGUUGGUGUCUCUUAUGCAAGAGGUGCAGGAGUGCGUGGAGGUAAUGGUGCAACUCUUCAACCCAAGUGACCCGGCAGGCACCAGCCCCUCGCACCUCAUCACUGUCCUCAAGGCGGCACUCAGACAGAUGGCCAUUGGUGUGGUGAAAAUCGUAGAGCUGAGCCAGGAGUUUGAGCACUGUGGCUGGAGACUGACCCAGGAGGAGCAGCACGAGGUCAUGCGCUACACUAGGUCACAGCUGCCCCCCCUUCUGGCCACAGUGGUCCGGCUCCUGACCAAUGUCCGCGCCUCUCUCACUGCCCUCAACCACCACACGAGGCAGCAGCUUGCACAGCAGUUAGUUCCUGAGAUCCACAUAGUCCUGCAGACGGUGUGUGUGGAUGUGGAGUCUCUCAGGACCAGCCUGGAGCACAUCAUCCAGGCUUCGUCUACGUCGUUGGAGUCAGCGCACUCACCAACACACCUGCUGGCCAAAUCGUUAAGAAAUGACCUACACCUCCGUGAGUUGCAGAAACUACGCAUCCUGCAGGAGAACCUCACGUCCUUCCUCAACUCUCUGUUCCACAAGAGGGAACAGUUCCGUGAGAUGUACGGUGGGGCUAGCGUGCGGGGGGUUGCAAGAAUCAUCGAGCAUUUCACUGAGGAACUCCCCAUGCUCAUCCUGCGGUUUGAAGAAGCUGCCGCGGCUCUGGAGGACAUGCUCGAGUGGUCAGAGUUCAAGUUUGUGUUCAAGGGAGCAACGUCUAAGCUGGGCAGCAUUGUGGAACGCCUGGUGGAGCACCGUGGAGUGGUGGAGCCUCUGGUGCUGGAGCUGGUGGAGAGAGUGGGGCACCGGGCCUUCACCACCUCUCUCCAGCACUUGGGCCUCCUGGCACCCUCGCAGCACCCCUCCUCAGGGGACUCCAUCUCCCCCGAGGACCACAAGUCGCAGGGGCUGAAGCAGGAGUUCUGGAGAGAAUUUGGCCCGGCCUCGUCAGGAGAGACCAGCUCACCAGGGGAUUCAGACGGAGCGGGGGACUCUGGCUCCCAGGGUGACUCCACCUCCCCAGACAACCUGAGUGGUGGCAGGAGACGGCAGGGUGUCUCUCCGGUAGGAGACUCGGAGGCAGAGCAGCAACAGCAGCAGUCUCAGUCUACUUGCACCCUGAGCUUGGUAGGCCGAGUAUGUGAGCCUCCUCCCUCACGCAGCAACCCCUUAGCAAUCAACAUAGCUCGCCUGCUAAGCUCUCCACAACUCAGCGAUAUGACUUUUGUUGUAGUGCCUCCAGCAGAAGAUGAGGCAUCACUGUCAUCGAGCCAGGAGGAGCUGGAUGCCCUAGAGGGAGGCGAGGCGGGCAAGGAGCUGCCUGCCAAGGAGCCAAGCCCUGAGGUCUCUGAGGCACAGCUGGGUGCCAUCACCCCACCGCUGCUGAAGGUUUCAUCAACCGUGGUGCGCAAGGUCAAGAAAUCCCUCAGCCUCGACCGUCCGUCCAUCCGAGCUGUUGUGCCCUCUCAAGCAUAUAGCCUCGACUGUGAUGUUGUCACCUGCUCUGACAGCUACUUUGUGACCAAUAAUUCCAUAAUCAGUAAGGACCUUGCCCAGCACCGUUCCAUGGGCAGCAAGCACUCCCUUGGCAGCCCCAGGGAGCCUGGGGGCAGUGAGAGGAGUGCAGACGAGGCUGGGUGCAAGUGUGGCGAGUGUGAGUGCAAGUGUGGUGACUGGGAGGGCAAGUGUGAGCGCGCUGCGAGUGAUGUGUGUAAAGAAAAGAGCUCUAGUUUUGAUGACAAAAAGAGUAUUUUGGGGACUUUAGUGGGUGCAGAUAGUCAUAAGAAAGAAGUUGAUUUGGAUCUCACCUAUAGAUUAAGGCACUCAGUGACUAUAGCCAAAGAGAGGAACCUGGAGGAAAAGAGUGCCCUGGGGGGAUGCAAGGGCCUGGAGUCAAGACAUUUAAGUGCUGAGGGUCAAGGAGGAGCAAAGAGCAAAGAACAGGAAAGAUUAGAUGCCAGACUACAGAGUGAGGUAAGCAGUGAUGCUGACAAAUCAAAAGUCUCCACCAGUGAGAUGAAGCCCCACUCGCACGAGGGAGACAAGACCACGGACCCCCAACAUCUGGAGAAGGGACGACCUGAAUCAGCCUUGCUGGACUCGGCCAAGUUCUUUGUCUCGCCACACAGCCUGGGGGCCAUGAAGAGGGGUGGGCGCCUGAGCAAGUCAAACAGCUUCACAGAGGAAGGAGAAGGACCUGCUAGGAUCUGUGGCCUGGAGGGCAAGGACAUUGAGGGAGGGGAGGCAGCCAAGGGCCAGUUUGGGCUCGACAGCAUGGAGCUCAAAGCCCAUAGAGUGGUUGUUGCCUCAAGGUGUGAGUGGUUCAGACGUGCACUGCUCUCAGGGAUGCGAGAGGCCAUCGACAGGUGCAUCGUAGUCCACGGGUGUAGCGUCCAGACCUUCCAGCUGCUGCUCGGUUUCCUCUACGCAGGCCAUGUGGACUGCACCAGCCUCCCCCCAGACCAGAUGGUGGACCUGCUCGUCUUGGCCGACCACUAUGGGGUGGAUGCCCUGAAGCUUCUCGUGGAAUCUGGCUUAGAGCAGCAUGUGGAUGAUGAUUCAGUAGUUCCACUGUUGAUCGUUGCACACCACUGCAAUGCUUCUCACCUCAAGGAAGUCUGUGUGCAUCACUGCGUUGUCAAUGCCGUUGUUAUGGAAGGUGAUGCACUGGCACAGCUUCCUGAGGACUUGCGAAAUCACCUCACUUUAGCCCUUGGGAAGCACAGAAAAUGGUGUUCAGGAGCCAUAGGAGAGGACGUGCUAGUGGGAGGUAAUGGUGGAGGUGGCGAAGACAGCCCUCUCUCUGUCUCAUCCACAGACCCUUUGAUCGAUGACCAAGUCAGCUUAAUACCAGGACUUCAGUACGGCAGCAACAGCCUUGAGGGAGGCUUGCGGCAAGUUGAGACAGUGGUGCAGCAGCUGAGAGAGGUUGUAGGUCACCAGGUUCCUAGGUCAACUCUCGUCCAAAUCACUCUGGCAGCUGACUAUGACCUCAACCGAGCACUCAACUUUUUCUUUGCCUCUUCGUCAUAGGUGUUCGUCUCAUCUCCUGCUCGGCAGUGAUUCUGCCUGUUUGUCAUCUCGUCUCGUUAUCUGCAAGGCUGUUGAUAGACGCAAUGUCUUUAAAAACUCUCCAGGAGCACAUUCCACACAGAUGCCAAGUGCUUUUUUGUUUUUUCUACAUUUCUCUCAGUCGUGUACACAAGGUUCUUGUGGAAGGCUUUUGCGAAAGAGAAAGGAAAAAUGUUUGUUGAAACCAAAGUGUGAUUUGUAUUCGUGCUCUUAAUGGUCUUUCUUGUUAAGUCUGUCUUGGUGUUCUUCAGUUGGCUUUAGACAGUUGCUUCAUAAUCUUCAAUUUAUCACAUAGGGAUUUACAGUUUUGCGAGUUUAUGUGCGUAUGCUUGUGUUUGUGAUACUGAAGAGUCAUUUAUGAAUGCAUUUCUCUCUCUCUCUCUCUCUCUCUCUCUCUCUCUCUCUCUCUCUCUCUCUCUCUCUCUCUUUCUCUCUCUCUCUGUCCUCAAUUGCUGUUUUCUCUCUCUCAUCCUUAGUCCUUCCAUGUUUAUCUCCUUUUCAGUGUGCAUUUAUAGAGUGACUUAUAUUUAAGCUUUAAGGUUGCCUACAAUCCAGUAUGAGCAUGUAUUUUUAUUUAUGGAAUAUGCUAGUGUGCAUUUUUGCCAUCAUUUACAGCUGCCCUAGAGCACUGCACGUGAUCAAAAGUAAUGGUUUUAUGCACUGUGUGUGGAUGCUUGAGUGUGCUCUACUACAAUCAUUUAUUAUUAUUAUUAUUAUGAUUACUAUCAUUAUUAUAUUUUAAAAUUAA